AUGUGCAAUCGGUCCCGAAACCGCCAUGACAUUAGAGAUCAAGAAGCUAAGAGUCUAUGGGGAUUCGUCGAUCGUAAUUUGUCAAACUUAAGGGAAGGGAAGAGAAAGGAUGAGAAGCUAAAACCUUACCAAGAAUAUUUGGAGAACUUGAUCAAGAGCUUUGAUGAAACCACCUUCGAAUAUUUGCCAAGGGACAAUAACAGAUUCGUCAACGCCCUAGCUACUUUGGUUUCAAUGGUUGAAUGCACUCCAGAUACUAAAGUUCACCCAUUUUUAGUAGAUAGAAGGCAUGGACCAACAUAUAAAGAGUCAGUAAAUGCUCUGACAACUGAUGGGAGGUCGUGGUCUGUACCCAUCAUUGACUUCAUCAGAGAAAGGAAAUAUGAAUUCCACAGCCAGUGA